AUGGAACUGCAGACAAUGUCUACGCCGGACAUGCCCAUCUUUGGCAGUACGUUGCGUUUAAUGAAAUUCUGGUCAUAUCUAUUCGUUCACAAUUGGCGACGCUAUGUGGCACUCACGCCCUUCGCCCUCAUCAAUGUGACUCAAUAUGUGGAUAUAUACUUAAGCUCCGAGCCUCUGGACUUCAUUAUACGCAACGUCUAUCUGGCUGUUCUCUUUACGAAUACAGUUGUGCGUGGGAUUCUACUGUGUGUGCACCGCGGCCGAUACGAACGUUUCCUAGAACUACUAAAAGCCUUUUAUCUCCAACUGCUGAGUUCUUCAGAUGAGCACAUUGGCGAGUUGAUAGCGAAGACGACGCGCCUUUCCAUCCUUAUAGGUCGCAUUAAUUUAAUAAUGGGCACUUGCACGUGCAUAGGACUGGUAACAUACCCCAUUUUUGGCUCAGAGCGUGUGCUGCCCUAUGGCAUGUAUGUGCCUGGUAUUGAUAAAUAUGCCAGCCCCGGCUACGAGGUCUUCUUUGUGGUGCAGGUCAUAAUGGCGCCCAUGGGCUGCUGCAUGUACAUACCGUACACCAAUCUGAUUGUUACCUUCACACUGUUUGCCAUACUCAUGUGCCGCGUGCUGCAGCACAAGCUGCGCACCUUGCGGCGCCUGCGGGGCAUUCGAGUGCGUGACGAAAUUAUAUGGUGCAUACGAUAUCAGGUCAAAUUGGCAGGCCUGGUCGAUGCCAUGAACGAUUUGAACACAAAUUUGCAUCUCGUGGAGUUUCUAUGCUUUGGAGCGAUGCUCUGUGUAUUGCUCUUCUCGCUAAUCAUUUCGCCAACAAUCGGUCAGGUUGUAAUCGUGUCUUUCUACAUGAUCAUGAUAUUUGCUAACAGCGUUGUGCUCUACUACGUUGCCAAUGAGCUCUACUUUCAGAGUUUCUAUAUAUCGAUUGCCGCCUAUGAGAGCAAUUGGAUGGAUCUGGAUAUAGAGACACAGAAAACUUUGAAGUUUCUCAUCAUGCGCUCGCAAAAGCCGCUGGCAAUACUCGUUGGCGGCGUUUAUCCCAUGAAUCUAAAGAUGCUGCAGUCGCUGCUGAACGUCAUCUAUUCGUUUUUCACGCUGCUGCGGCGCGUCUAUGGCUGA